AUGCCCUUUGAGCAUAAUGAUGACCUCAGACGCCAGCACCAGUGCCACGCCCGCUCAGCCAAACAGAGAGACCCUGCAGCUCAGCCAAUCGCCAGUGCCUCGCCAACUCAUCCAAUAAGCGCUGUCAGCCGCAACCCGUUUCUAAAAUACUGGGUCAGACCCUUUCAGACAGCCGGCAACCCGUGUAAGAGCCGGGAAAAACCCAGCCUGAAAGUGCCAAAACAGACUCUGAACAGGGGCAAGAAAAGUCUUAGAGACGAAGGGGUAAAAAACGAGUUUUAUGGUGAUCGGGGAGAAGUGGAGAUGGUGGAGACCGAGGAAGAGGAUGUCGGAUUUGCCACACCGGAGGAUUCCGUGUCUGAGCAGUCGUCGGCAUCAGGUGAGGUGGAGCAAUCAGGGUCGGGCUCUUACACGCGCUCUAGUUCUAGCUGCUCUUCCUCUUCUUCCUCUUCCUCUUCUCUGUCGUCGCCGGCGUCCGAAGUAGAGGUGGAAGCUUCUUCAGUAGGAGUGGGGGCUGUCUUAUCCCAGUUCUUCGAGGAUCAGAAAGCUCAUCCUUGUGCUUAUUUUUCCCGUAGAUUCUCUCCGGCAGAACAAAACUACACCAUUGGGGAACAAGAAUUGCUUGCCAUAAAACUUGCUUUUCAAGAGUGGAGGUACUUUCUGGAAGGAGCGCAGCACCCAAUCUCUUCUCUUCCAGCUCUCGAAGCACUUGCUGCAGAGUUAGCCCUUCAGCAAUUCACUAAGAUGUGGAGACAAGUUCAUGAGGCUGUCCCUAGUCUCAAAGUGGGGGAUCAAGUCUGGAUUUCUACUCGAAACUUAAGACUCAAAGUCCCUUACAAGAAAUUUGCCCCCAGAUUCAUUGGACCAUAUCCUAUUGAAAAAGAAAGGCAAUCAGAUAUGAAAAAGAUGAAGAAACAUAAGCCUGCUGCAGUCUUGUUACUUUCAGCUCUUUGUUGCAUCACACCAAUAACUGGAUGUUGUAAAGAUCUUCACUGCACUGUGGAUUAUAUAGACACUUUGACGUGUAUCUAUAGCGGUGACAAAGAAGAGAACACUAGCAUUUCAUAUACCCUGCAUGCAGAAUGGACCCUUGAAGAAUCAGAAGAGACUUGUGAUCUGAUUUCCCCGGGCAGGAGACAGGAAUACAUCUGCACCAUUAAUAUGGAAAACUUCAAUGUUGAUGACAAAUGCACAGUUUUCAUAACUGCAAAAGUCAAUGGACAUUCUCACUCAAAUAAGACCUGCGGACCUUUCAGUAUAGGUGACCGGUUUGAGCCAACAACACCAUUUAAUCUUACAGUCUCUUUUGUGGAGAGCUACAAUGUUACCUGGAAAACCAGCUAUGAUAACAAUAUAGUCAUAAAUGGAGAACUGGCAUAUGAGCUGGGCUUCAAGAAAGAUAAAGAAUCUUGGCAAAACCAGAAGUCCAUCCAAGUCCUUGAAGAUGAAAAACAUGUGGUCUUCCUAAGUUCAUCCUUUCAAGCCAAUGAACUAUAUGUUGCCAGAAUCCGAGCCCGACCAAAGCCGGAAUCAAUAUAUAGGGGCCAGUGGAGUGCAUGGAGUACCCCCGUCAUUUGGAGGACCCCAGAUGAUGAAUUUAUUAAGACCUCCUCUCAGAACUGGAUAUCCCUGAUAUAUUUUUUACCUGUGUUCCUGCUCAUUGUCAUCAUGCUGAUAUUGAAGUGCUUGAAAUGGCCACAGUGCCUUUGGAAAAAGGUGUGGUUACUGGUACCUGAUCCUGCUCCCUUUUUUAAGCCACUGUACGAGGGACAUCAUGGAGACUUUAAGAGUUGGCUGGGUCCAUACUUCCCAACAAUGCAUUCUCAAGUGGGCAUUCUUACUCCAGAAGUUGAUAUUCUUGAAAUUCACUGUCCCAGCUUAAAGAACAACCCAGAAAAGCAAACGCUAUUUCCUCCCAAGUCGUGCUCAAGUAACUGCAGGAAAUGCGGAGGUAUCGGUGACAUCAGGGAGAAAAUAUCCAAGCAAAGAUUCAUUGACAACCAAUGUUGUUUUCAUUGCCUUACCAACACCAACACCACCAUGGAUGGUCUUGAAGCUUCCAUUGAUGAGGAAGACGACAGUAAAGAUGAUGGAUACCCUGAUAUUGAUCUAGACAGUGGCACUGGUAACACCUUGAAUGACUUGGUGAACCACAGAUCAAAUCCAGAAGGUGCAGAAAAGUCUAAAGUGGACUUUAAGUUUCAUCCUCAAGAAAAUGUCCUGAGAGACAACAUGAAUAUUUUAGACCUGCUAUCUGUACCCCCCGAAGAGUGGGAAUUGCAUGAAUCAUCUUGUCAAGAGGAAGAUGAGAAUGUGUUUUAUAAUGAUGAGAAUUACAAUGCUCUUUCCCCCGACUCAGGAAAUAGCACUGAUUUUGGUUAUCCCCAGAUGUGCCUGGACCUAGACACCAUUGAUAGUGGAUUUGUGGACUCUGAAUGUGGGAGCCCUGUGGAUAGUGAUUUUGGAAACAGGGAAAUGACAACAAAAACAUUAAGUUCAGAUUCUUAUUGUGGAGAAGGGGAAAUAGGUAAAACAAAUUAUGUGAAACAAUGGGUGCCUUCUGAUUCUAUGGGGACUGUUCAUCAACGAGGUCCAGAUGCAUUUCCGCAUGGGUAAUGAGCCCGUAACGGAUAAUGAAUGGGCCUCUACUGGAGCAAAAAGAUCUAAAUUACUUUCCUUUUUUUCUUUCACUUUCAUGAAAUUGUGAUUUACAGCAUUUGAUCAUUGUGAGCAGAUUAAUUAUCAUAGCUGUUUAUGAUGCUGAGGGGGAUUUUGGACCAGACACAGUGUACCUAAAGCACUUUCAUUUGUGGCCUUGCUAGCCCUUUUCUGCCCAAAAAUUAAUUAGGUAUAGGACCCAAAGAGUCAUUUCCAUUUAUUUUGCACAAUUAUUGAAUGUGUUUCCUUUGCUUCCAAAAUUCAUAAAAGUUACAACACACUCUUUCUCCUUAUUAAGUGAAGCAUUCCCUGUCUUCUUCAAACGCAGUCAUAUACAGUUAUUUAGUUAUGAUGUAACUCAGGAAACUAACGGCUUAUUCUGGCUGUCUCAUAUUUCAGCUUAAACUUAUCUUACUUGUCCCAAACUGAGUGCUUGCUUUAUCUUCUGCACCUAGAAUGAGUGCAGGUGCCAGAAAGAAGAUGAUGACAACAACAACUGUUAGGUGGCAUUAAACUGAAGUAUGGAACUGUGAUAGCCUCUGAUUUUGUAAAAACAAAGUGUGAUUUUUUGGCAACUUGCUGUGGAGUUGUAAACAGACUUAUGUAACAGAAGGUAAAUCUCCAGGAAACCGUGAUUCUAACACAGAGGUCAGCUCAAGUUGCCGAUUAUUUUUUUUUUUUUAAUAAGUCUUUGGUUGGUUACAAACAGUGAUCGAUCAAUCAAAUGGUAUGCGGUUAGAAUGUUGACAAUCACUAUCAAUAUUCAAAAUGUCGACACCAGAAUGUUAGAUGUUGACCAUCUGGAAAAUGUCAACAUGAAUAACAAAAACACGAUAUUUUGACAUACUGUAGUAAAAUGUUGACAUUUGGGUUAGGUUAGGGGUCAUCAGUGUUAACAUGCUAAAUAUGGCAACAUGGUUUUUGUAGACAUUAUCUCUGUCAGUAUGAUUACUGUUGAACUGAUAUACCAAACCCAAUGAAAUAACAUAACAGUGUAUAGAUAAGUUGUAAAUGUAUUCCGUUAUAUAUCAGGGUAAGGGAAAAGCAGCACAAGGUGCCAUGGGUCGGAUGGGACAGGAAUAAUAAUGAAGAAAAAAAAAAUGACUAUUUGUCCCUUCUCUAAAUCUAAAGAGCAGACGCAAAAGGGGGGCUGACAGCAUAAGGGCAUGGUGCGAGGGUGUCAGUAUUUGGGGUAUUUAGAAGGUAGUGAUACUUCUUGGCACACAUAGGGGGUAAUUCCGAGUUGAUUUGGGUGGGUUAUUUUGUUUCUGUGCAGGGUAAAUAAAUACUGGCUGCUUUAUUUUUACACUGCAAUUUAGAUUGCAGAUUGAACACACCACACCCAAAUCUAACUCUCUCUCUGCACAUGUUAUAUCUGCCUCUCCUGCAGUGCACAUGGUUUUGCCCAACUGCUAACAAAGUUUCUGCUGCGAUCAACUCAGAAUUACCCCCAUAGUGUAAUCCAUCAAAUAUUUUUUUUUUAUUUUUCCAUAUAUCUUAAGACAAUGAUAAAAACAGGUCAGAUGUUUACUGGAUAUCUGUGACCAAAGAAGGCCAAUAUGGUGUUUAUGUAAAAAGAGGCUCUGAAACCUCUAAUUGGACCCUUCUUCAACCAGGAUUCAGACACAUGCCGUAAGAACAGCACUCCUGUAACCUACAGUCAAUACAUUUUGAUAGUCAAUCUCUUUCUCAGAAAGAGAUUGUCAGUUGUGUAAGACGCAUAUAUAUUAGAGAUGUGCACCGGAAAUUUUUCGGGUUUUGGUUUUGGAUUCGUUUCGCGGCCGUGUUUUGGAUUCGGACGCGUUUUGGCAAAACCUCCCUGAAAAUUUUUUGUCGGAUUUGGGUGUGUUUUGGAUUCGGGUGUUUUUUUAAAAAAAAAACUCAAAAACAGCUUAAAUCAUAG